AUGGCCACCACGGAUUCAAAGCCCGCCCUGUCGGCCCUCAAAACGCCUCUCUCUGCGACCUACCCUUCCGAGCUGCGGUCGCCCAUGGUCACCUCGGCCUCCACGCCUACUUUUGUCUCCAUCAAGAAGGAAGAGUCACUAAAGACACCCAUCACCCCUCCUACUGCCUACCUCGACUUUCUCAAGACCAUGUCUCCUGUCGUCAUGAGUCCAAUGUCGGCCGGCCCCAGUCCCAAGUUCAUCUUUGAAGCCAAUCGGCCCACAUCUCAUGCAUCCAUGACUUCAGCUGCCUCAUCCACGUCCUUUACUUCAACAUCAGGCCCCGCCGACAAGACUGCCGCCUCCACUCCGGCUUCGUCACGCUCCAACAGCUGCUGCAAUUGCGACACUGUAAAGCAGGAACCUCCCAAAACUGCUCCCCUCAUGAAAGACACUGUCGUCACCAUCCCUCCGCCAUCUCCCUUCACGCGCCCGCAGUCGGCCCGUACACCGCGACUUUAUAUCCCGCAAUCUCCCUACUCUCCAGCCACAGUACGAUCACCCGCAAGCGCAAAUUCUAUCAACUCACCAUACUCUGCAGUAUCGCCGAAAACGUGGGACCUCGACAAAAAGACGGGCCGAACUCGACGCGUGAGCGUGCGAGAGGUCGUCACUCGCACAGUGACCUACAGCAGUACCCCUGUGGACACCAAAGCACCUAGCUUUCCCCAGAUCGACCCCGCCCCGCGCGGCAAAAGGAGGAAACUCGAAUAAAUCCAAUUUUUGGGGCGCGGCCCAGUCUUGGGUUCGGUACUUUGUACCCUUUUACGCUAAUGACCAUGACAUGUUUCUGAUUCAGCACUUCCUCUUGCUCUUUACUCGGAGCGUAUACCACCCUCGAAAUCGGGCGCGCGCACACACACACACGCCACGUAAUCGACUGGAUUCUCUACAUUCUGUAUAUCUUUCCACCAUGGCCGACUUGGCUUCUACUACAUUAGCAGACCACCCAACCGCAACCCGCACAUGCAUCAACCCACCGACCUACCAACCGAUCACGCUCGGGUCCCGGCGACUCUAUCGCAUUUUUCCAUGGAUGGGUUCGAUUGGGCCAUUGGCGCAAGGGUGGUGAGCGGCAGCGUGGGCUGGGCCGUGCCAACUGGCAUUCACUGCCAUUCAUUUCUUUUGUUCGGAAUCGACCGUGGGAACAACGAGGCCAUGAAUUCCUUUUCUCUUGUCUUUUUCAUCUUUGACCAAUUCACACAAUACCAUUUUCAGCGGCGGAAAACUUUGGCGCCUUCUUCUGGAUCGGAUGGGACUGGAAUGUUGCUUCUGCGCGAUGUA